AAAUCAAUCUGUUUUAUCAUUACCACUUGCCUGUCAGCUUUCAAAUGAAGAUUGUGGUCUUUUAAAGAAAUUUUGUGAAGCAGUUUCUGCAUUUAAAUUCAACUUCUGCCCUAUCUAUAAAGAGAGUUUUCUUACUAUCAUAUUAGUACAUAAGACAGGUUUAUGCAAUAGAUGGAAUAAAGAAAAAUUAAUAAGAAGGUUUUUAGCUGAAAAUGAUAUAGAUUCUAAAGAAAUUUCUGCUAAGCUUCUUCAACUUAGUCAAGUGGAAGAAAUGCUUGUUAUACAAAUUCUUGCAAUGUUAACUGUUUACAAGCUCCAAGGUGAACAGCUUGGAUACUGA